UAAAAGAAAUUGAAAUGUUUUUAGACCUUCAAUUCUUGGAGGCAGUGCUAAAUAAGGUCGUCAUUGACAUUUAUUAAAAAUGCAAAUUCUGUCACCAUAAAAAUAAAUUAAAAGAAAACGAAGAAGAAAGAACAGUGUAAGGUUAAUUAGUCCCGUGGUUUUAAAAGUUAUUGUUUUAAAUAAAUACAUAAGUGGAGAAUAAAAGAUUCGUGAAAAUACAUUUGUUUAUGGGAGAAAUGCAUAAGAAAGAAUAAAAAAAAGGAAAGCAGAAAAUAUGCAAGUUGAAUGAGGUCGAGUUAUCGACAGUCCGGAUUGAUCCAGUCGCAAUGAUCGCAGAGCUUGCUAUAAACGAUUCUAUUAUGGUUGAGUUUAUCAAUAUGCAUGACCGCCUUGGACCCCAAAGGUCUCUGUUAUUUCAAAUGAUAACCGGGCUUUACUGGAUUUCUCUGCAGAAAAUUUCUUUUAUCGCUAGUAUGCUCAAUUCCAAGGGUUACUCGUUAUUAGUCAACGAAAAAUUAUGACCUACUGCAUUCAACUGGUGUGUUAUCGUUUACUUAAUUUUUCAAUUUUAAAAAAUUUAAAUUCUUAUACUUUUAGAAAUGUUAUUUUGUCUAUGUCACUUAUACAUCUCGUUGCAAGUGUGCUGCACGAUGUAAUAAAAUUGAAAGAAAACAGGUGAUUACUAAGCAACUUGUCUAAGUCGUCACGUGUAUUCGCACAUGCUUUCCUGUUUGCAAUCUUAACGGCACAUUUUCAGUUAUAACGUGUACAGUAAGUUGUCAAGUAGUGCAAUUUUUCCUAUAUUUUUUUAUCAAAUAAUAAGUUAUUUUAAAGUUUGACAAGUAUUUUGCAACAUUGUAGGCAACCAUUUUUCUUACGAACAAGAUAACGUUUGUCGCUUCUUAAAAAAAUGUAGAAAAAAAAUUAAUCUAAUUACACGAAAGUGAAUGAUAAUUAGAAAAGUAAAACAAAAAUUUGCUCCAUAUAAUUAAGUGCCUAAUUACUGUCUCGACCUAAUCACUAUUACACUGCUUGAAAAGCUUGAAAAGAUUCUUGAAGAAGGUGAUAUCAGCCCGACCCCCGACAUUUUUUAGUCGAGUCGACUCGUGACAAAUAUCUAUACUUGUUAUCCCACACGUGUACAAUAUUCUGACGUGCGGUGAUAAACUUGUUGUUUCAUUAUGAAUCGCAGAGGGGAUUCUUGUAAUAUUUUUAGACACUCAAUUUAAUACCACGUCUUUACUUUAAUGGAAUUUGUAAAUUCAAUUUUUCUCAUUUAUUUCCUCAACUAUCAAUUAUAAAACAGACAUGAUUUUCAAGUAAUGAAAAAAGGUUACAAAUUCUAUUCUCAAAAUUACAUUUAAGCGUUAAAAAUAGAUGAAAGAAAAAAAUGACAAAGUAAGUGAAAUUUUAAUUGAGAAGUUUAAUUAUAAUAUGUAAAUUGGACUAAAUUCAAAAUAAGUAUUGAAAAGCCUAUAAAUAAACUGUCGAGGAAACUCGUGCGACAAAAUUAUGAUCACGUGUAGGGUGUAACAAAUCGUGUAACAUAUAUACACGUGAUGAGAAAGACGUCACACGAGCUAGAAGAGUGUUGGCAUUUGAAAUGAUACAGAAAACGUGUGUGUAAGAAAAUUAAUCACAAUCGUCCGAGAAAUUCAGGCUAUAUGGCAUCAGCAUCGCAAGCGAGGCUGUAGCUAUUCUUCAGUCUGCAAAAAUACUUUUACCGAGAAACAAGUGCUCGACUUUGUCGCGCUUCAUACAAUCCUUUAAAUAUCUAUUGUUAAUAAAAACAAUGUUUUCUUGAAAUAGGGUUUAUUCUUGAAAAGAAUUAUAUAUUUUUUAAAAAACUUAUCGCAGUGAUUACUAAGGUUUUAAAACAAUUUUUUUUUAAUCAUCGACUGGGAUUAUAUUGAAAGAGUGUUGGUAAAUGUUGAGUUGUAUUUAUUAUUAAGAACAAUGGUCACACAUAGUAUGGAUAAUAUUUUAAGUAUGCAGUAUUAUACGCCUGCAAAUCUAGAAGAAAUGUCUCUUAAUAUUUCUUUACCUCCGAGAAAGAAGCGUUGUUUGAAUAAUAAAGAGCAAGAUCCAAUGUCUCAUAGGAUAAUAGAAAAGAGAAGAAGAGAUCGUAUGAACAAUUGUUUGGCUGAUCUCAGUAGACUAAUCCCGGCUGAAUACUUGAAGAAAGGUAGAGGAAGAGUGGAAAAAACGGAAAUCAUUGAGAUGGCGAUUCGUCACAUGAAACAUCUUCAAGAUGUUCGACAAGACUCGAAGCAUUCGACUGCAAAUUCAGUUCACACGCAUCCCGAGGAUAGUGUGGACAGUGUGCCUCAUUCACCGACAACGUCAAUCGCAGCCGAACAUUAUAGACUUGGCUUUCAGGAAUGUUUAAGUGAGACGAUGCACUUUCUUGUGGAGGUCGAGGGUUUUUUCGCCAGAGACUCUCUUUGUGUACAACUCAUCGGUCACUUGCAACAACACUGUGAGAAAAUUUUAGCCACGAGCGACAGACUUGGCUUUCCUCAUCCAGACCUGCCAUCAUCAAUCGAAUCAACGAAUGCCAAUUUCAUUCAUUCCACCAUUCCAACAGUGUGUCUUCAGAGCAAUCAAUCAUCCGAUCAUUGUUCAAGUUCAGGAGUGAGUUCACUCAGUGACACUGAGCGUCCGAGACCUAUCGUGCCACCUACAACCGACGACAGUGAUCACAGCAACCACAGUUCCUCGCACAGUGGACCUUCCGCGACAAGGCCGCAAAACUACAAAUUCAAGAGUUCCAUCAAACAGAGAUUCUCCGCAGAGAGAAUAAAGUCUAGUCCGCCUCCUGUCCUAGAGAAGCCCCAUGGCGUCCCGAUAUUCGCACUUCACGACGGAGGUGCUUUCUACAUCCCGUUGACGGUGGAAUCCUCCUUGCUGAGGCCGCAUCUCACGUUUAUUCCCGACACGGGUCCAGACACGGUCCUCCAUCCCGUUACAAUAUCAGUCAAUUUUAAUCAUUCGCAGCCUCCUGCAUGGUCCCAUCAUAGUCCCACUCGUUAAAUUUCGUUAAAUUUCGUUAAAUUUCGUUAAAUUCUAAUUCGCGUUCAUUUCUUUUCUUCGAUUUAUUCGCAAUCUCGAUCUUCCACUUUGCUGCCAUUUAUUUAGAUGUCGAAUUUUACUAUAUAUAUUUUACUAUAAAAAUCACAAGCGACCGACUCUUUAAUUUAAUGAUUCAUCGGAAAAGAAUAUUCAAAAAUUCCCUCUUCUUACAUUUUAUUUAAAAUGUUUUAUAUUUAUUUAACAUGAAAAAAAUAUCCCUCUAAAUCUCAAUGUUAAGGAACUUUUUUUCAUUUAUGAAAACUUUCCCUUCUCUCCUGUUUUGAUUUUUCCGAUAAAUUACAGCACUGUUUAAAAGAAUUGAAUUUAAUCUCUAAAUUAAAACAAAAUUAUACAAAGGUAUUUGCAGAUUCUUGUCAAAAAAUUAAAAUUGUGAUAAUAUACAUACAAAUCUGCAUAUUUAGAAUUUUCAAUGUUUUUCUUGAUAUUUUUCUAAUUUCAAGUUUCACUUGAAACUAUAUAUUUAGUUUUUUUUUGUUGAAAAAAGAAAAUUAUUUAAAUUUUAUUUAUAUUGCAUUUUGAAUGCACAAAAAACUACAUUUUAGAAACUUGUAACAUUAAUAUAAAUUUAAUGAAUCUGUGGUUUCAAGGAAAAUAAAAUUUCCAACAUUAUGUUUAAAAGGCAUAAUGAAUGUCGACAUAUUUUGAAUAAUUACGAGGCUGUGUGUUGCUUUAGCAUUUAUGAAUUUGACACAAAAUAAUGAGACAUCGAGAAUUUGAAGAAUUUGUACUUUAAGAAUUGUGGUUCGUCAAAGGUUUAUUUCAUUUAUUUCAAAUAUGUAGUAAUAUUGAAAUUUCUCACGAAUCUUCUGAAUUUGAUUCGAAUAUGAACAUUCGAUUGGUUUAUUGUUUUCUGAAAAUUUAUGCUAUAUUAAGUUAUAGUGAUUACUUACAAGUUAUCAUUUUUCAAUCAGUAUUAAUUUAUGUUGUUCAGUUUUUCAAUCUCUUUUAUUAACACGGAAAAAUAUUUUUAAAAAAUGUGGUAAAAAGAAUUAAAAUUUUUAUUUCAUUUGUGUUGAAAAUAUUUAUCUACUGAAAUACGUUUUGUAAAAUAUUGGUAUAUCUGAAAUUUUAAGAAUUAUUAAUUUUAUUUGCAAAUAAAAAUUACAUGUUUAUUCUGUUCAGUAAAGUAACUGAAAUUUUUUCUUGCGUGUUAGAAAAAGCAUUUUUGCAAAAAUCGUAAAGAACUAUAUUUGCGGUGUGAACGAAAUAGUUAAAUUUUAAGAAUUACGAAUUCCAUAAUGUGAUGAUUACGCCAUAUCAGACUAAAGGAAAGUGCCCUAUUAUUAUUCAUCUAAUUGACGUCCUAUAAAGAAGGAAAUUUGUAACAAAUCAAUAACAUUAAAUUCCUGUAAGAUUACAUUAAACAUUUUUGUACAUAUAUAACAUUGAUUGUAAAAUUUAUCAAGAAUUUAUUCGAGAAUAAAUUAUAUAUUUAUCAUAA